AGAGCUGGGAGGAGGAUGGGAGGAGUUAUGUUUCCAUGGAGACGCGUCAUCACGCACACGUAAUGACCUUUCACUCUGAUUAAAUACUGUGAGUUAUGUAAACAUAGUUGGUAUGAUCGUUGUAAUCGUAACGCAUUGGAUAAAAGUGUCUGCCAGAUGCGUAAAUAUAAUGAAAUGUGUAUUUUAGUUAAUCUGCAGCAGUAUGUGGCGAUUGUCUGGUUACAUUACUGGUAGACUUAGUUAUGACAUCGUUUAGAGAUUGACGAUUAAAAGCCGCUUCUCAAACAACAAACAUGAAUGAAGAGAUUUCAAUUAAAAGAGGCUUUCAUGUGCCACCAUUGACUGGUGCCACAACGAAAGAGAGUAAAACAAAGAGGAAAGAUACAAAUAAGAAGAAAAAGAAAUUGAGUAAUGGAGCAAAUCCAUCCAAGAAUUCAGAGAAACUACAGAUGGAACAGUGGACCAACGGAGAGAUGAGUGAUGCUCAGAGCAAAGGUCUUGUCAAAGCCAAAGAACUGAAGAAAUUCAAAUCCAAAAAUCUCAAGAUGGUAUCACAAGUAGCUCCUGUUCCAACAGAGGAGGAGAAGUCUGACUUGACCCAUCAGGAUCAGGAUAGCUUGAGGUGGGAAGGAGUUCUGGAUGAUCCCAUUGCAGAGGCCCAACGCCUGGAGGUCUAUAGAGCCAACCGCCGAAAGCGAUAUUUGGCAUCCAAACAGGCCUUUCUACAAAACAAUCAGACUGGUUUAUGUAUAGACUCAAAUGCCUCAAAACUGAAUACACAAAACAAGGCAGGAGGUGGCAUGGCGAAUUUAGUCACAUUAUAAACCUGUUUUAAUGUUAGGAGUCUAUUUGAAAGUACUAAUAAAAAAGCAAGAGGCAGGUCAUGUGUUUAACUGUUACAUUUGAUGUAUUUUAGGCCAUGAAAUCUCAAUUUGUUAAUUUAAAUAAUUUGUUACAAUAUAAUUUUUUUAAAAGUAUAGCAAUCCACAGAUCUGCAGUUUCUAAUUCACUCUGUAGCAGUAGCAAAUGUUAUAUGCAGAUAUUUUUCGCCUUCCUGGAUCGGUCAAUUAAAACCCCUUAACUGGCACUGUCCUGUGAGCGGGACACCUGAGGCUACUUUAAUUUUUGCAUGUAAAUUUUAAUCUAUCUCAAAACUAUAUAUUUUUGGGAAGGUCUAAGAAUGUAUUUUUCAUAUUUCCAAACAUUAUAGCAUUAAUAAUAAUGCAGUGACAGUAAUUUAUUAAUUUGUGACAAGAGUGUGCAGCAAACCGUUGACACCUAGUGGACGUGGUUGGUAAAACUACUAAAAGUGUAACACAAAAAUAAUAAUUUUUGUGAUCAUUUUAUGUAUAGUAUACAUUAUUUUUAUUUAUUAAAAUAAAUGUAAACUAUUAGGGCUGUAACGAUUAAUUGUGUGUCCCAUUAAAAAUGCCUUUCUGAAAUCGAUUCUGAAUCGCAAGGCUGCGAUUCUGUGUUUCAUGCACAGCUUGUGCGUGUACUACGGCAUUUGGUCAGUAGGAAUUCCUUAUCAAUCUAAAAUCAUUAUGAGUCGGAGUCGUUUAUAACGUGCAUUUAAAAAAGCAACACCCGUUAAAUAAAAAUCAUUCAAAAUAUUCUUUAUAAUCAUGAAAUACCUGAAACAAUUUGAAGAACAGUGAUAUAAAUAUUCCUGUAGACAUUUCCUGGAAUAACGUUUGUAAUGAUACUUCUUCUGUGGCACAAAGGGAGUUUCUGCACGAGAGCGCCCCCUGGCUUUGGGAUGUGCCGGGAUUUCACCGUAAUUCAUUCAAAUUCAUUCAUUGAGAAAACGCGCAUUUGCACAAUUAAUCUUUACAGCCCUAUAAACUACUAUAAACAUUUUUAUUUAAUAUUUUCACCUCCAGACCAAAAUUAGGCUUUUAGAUAAAAAAAAUUAUAUUAAUUUGAAAGUGUACAUCACCUUUUCAACCCCCCACCCCCCAUUCAAAAAACGGUGGCGCCAGU